UCACCACGUGUCUCCUGUGACCUGCAGUUCACACCCUGUAAGUCGUCCACCGCGCCCCGUCACCACGUGUCUCCUGUGACCUACAGUUCACACCCUGUAAGUCGUCCACCGCGCCCCGUCACCAAGUGUCUCCUGUGACCUACAGUUCACACCCUAGAACAAGAAUGAAGUUUCGGCGUCCUAAUAAGCCGACAGACUUGACUGAGCGCACUAAGAUAGUGUACAUGUGGAUGGACGGGAUGACCUGCCGUUCCAUUUCACGAACAACAGCGAAUAUGUCAACAACUGUACGCAUGACGACACUCAUUGCGUUGUUGAUGGUGAGAAAGUGUGUCGGUAGUACUGUGGACAGUAAUGCCGGCCUCAGUCACCAAACAGACGUGCUGAUGACAGCUCCCAUGUACCACAGUGGUGUGGUAGUAGAACGGUGGACAGACCAGGUGGGCGAGGUGGUGAGCCAGGUGGUGGAACAGCGCCUUGCUGGGUGUCACUUGGUGCUGGUCGAUACAACAACACAAAGCUUAAUGUUCUCAACGAUGAUCAGACAACUGGCAGCAGACGGAACCAGUGUGGUGGUAAUGGACGCGUGGCGGCUGUUUUCUCAACCCCAGUUGGCCCAAAACCAUGGAACUAUGGAUCAUCUCCUGCAAGCAGUGUGGGGUGACUCUAUGCUCACCUGCCACGCCCUCAUCUUCCUUCUUGAUAACAUUAAUGGCAAACUUGCUUUCAGGUUUCUGGAGUGGUGUGAGCUGUGGCGACGGCCCGAGGUUCGUGUGGUAGUGGUAGGUGGGACGGAGGGCGUGGAGGACGUCCUCUUACAUCACAGUCUCCGCAACACCAUCCACACCCUUUACCUCACCUUCCACCACCUCACUUUUCAUAGCGGCCAGGGACCAUCACCUAACACGAGGCUCAAGAAGGGAAGCACCAUGAGGGCUUUAAUGGAAGACAACAGACAACUAUUAGUUUAUAGGCGGUGUCUGUACUGCAACGGGGGCAAGGCUCAAGUUCGACUUCUAUACCGGGGUGACAUAACCUCUAAGAUACAGCGUGGUAUCAACUUCUUUCCAGAACAAAUGGACAACUUUAUGGGCCAGACAUUCCGGGUGGUGGUGAUGCCUUAUCCGGUUGUCAUUGAAUACGAGAAGGGCAAAGAGCCAGGCACUCCAGUGGCUCCUCAGGAUUCCUUCACCACGCGAAUGCUCGAGACCAUCGCCAAACAACUCAAUUUCAAGUAUGAGCUUCGAGAACCCUUAGACAGAGAGUGGGGUAGUGCUGUAGGUGACGGUAACUGGACAGGGAUCGUUGGCACCCUCCAGCACCAGCAGGCGGACUUCUCCCUCGACCUUACACUCACAGAGUCAAGGAGCCGCGUCAUGGACUACUCCAGGGUCUAUUAUCAGGAUCCUAUGAUUAUUGUGUCGCCAAAGCCUACUCCACUUCCCCGGCAUCUGGCACUCACCAGACCAUUUGAAGGCGAACUUUGGUUGGUUGUUACUGUUUGUACAUUCGUCCUCGGCAUCAUCUUGUGGCUGCUGCAGAAGAUGUGGUCAUGGGUGUCUGGUGACCGAGGCGCCAGUCUGGUGUCUACUCUCUUCGACAGCUGGGGGAUGCUUCUUAUGAAACCAAUAACAGAGAUUCCCACUAACACCAAUGGGCGGGUGCUGGUAGGAUGGUGGUUGCUGACGUGUGUGAUCAUCACCACAGCCUACCGUUCCUCAUUCAUCGCCCACCUGUCCGUCCAGAGCAAAUAUCCACCUAUCAACAACUUUCAGGACCUGCUCAACCGUGACGGCUGGUCUUGGGGUUCUAAGGCUUUGGAAGGAACCACUUAUGUUUACUUCAACCAAAGUUCUGAUCCUGACAUACAAAAAAUAUUCAAGAAAAUCGAAAUUUACCCGAUGGAGGACGGGCUGAAGCGAGUCUUGGCUGGCGGGUUCUCCCUUAUAGUGGUCAAGAUGUAUGCCAAGGUUCACGCGGGAGAGAUCUUCUUCGACCAGUAUGGCAACUCGCCCUACCAGUUGGCCAGAACAGAGUAUCCCAUUUUUGGUGGUAACGUCUGGGGCUUCCGACAAGGAGCACCAUUUACGAGUCAGAUCAGCAAGAUGAAACUACGACUGAUUGAGGCGGGACUUCUGAACCUGUGGCUGGACGACAUCAUAAAAACCAAAAAUGAGUUAAGAAACUCAGAGCGAGAUAAAGAUGAACUUCCACUGAACACUUAGGAGAACUCGAAUCAGGUGGUACUGGGGCUGGACCACCUGCAGGGCGGCUUCUACCUGCUGCUGUUGGGCUGCUUCCUCGCCUUCCUCGCCUUUGUAGCAGAGAUCACAACUCAAUGUUGACUCGAUUAUCAAGAUUCAUAUUUGGUUGCAGAUAAUGAAUCAAUAUUAGGUACAAUAAAUCAAAUGCUUAUUUGAUGAAGUUACAUAAAAUCAGUGUAGAUUUUUCUCUUAAGUCUCAAGGGCCCUGCAAAAGUCCCUUUACAUACUGUAUGCGUUGCACAUGGUCUCGUGAAAUAAAUUUUUUCCUGACAUUUUUAAGAAUUUUUUCCCUACUUACCAGGACUGUAAAGGUGACAUUGUGCCAAAGGAAAAUCUGUAUAAAUUGUCCUUUGUAAGAUUCUAAUAUCUGUAAUUUUUCUACAGUGAAUAGAUAAUUGAAGCUCCUAAAUCUGACACACCAAGUGUUUUGUUUUUGUGACUUUCUCAUAUGUAAAGUCAAUACAUGUUGCUAAGAGUGAAGAUGGCACAGAGACACAUCUUACCACUCACUCAGGGGGGAACACUUCACUUAAGUAUUCCUAUAGAAGUGUACUCAAAACACUUCCCCUGGAGAGAAUUAACAAUGCAUUCUCUCCCAAACUAAGUACCUGUGUAUGUAGACGCUUCAACAACAGAGAAAGUCCAGAACAAAUGUAUACAUAAAUACUGCCACAGUUCCAGAACUAAGUUAAAACAAUUGUGUGUGAUACAAAAAACCGCAAUCACAUA